CAUCCCUUUCAAAUUCAGUGCCAAACCUUCUCUCUCUUUCUCUAUAUCUAACUCAAAGUAACUAUUUUUCAUUUCAACUCCUUUAACAUAACGCCAAAGAAACGCUCUCUGCUCCAUCUCCCUUCCAUUUUCCUCUGCUUCUGCCUUUUGGAUUGCUGAGAAUUUUUUUUAUUUAAAAAAAAGUUGAAAGUUUCUUCCUUUUUCAUUGCUCUGAGAUUAGCUGAUGUUGCAGCUCUAAAGAGAAGAUAUAGAGAUGGGUUCAUGUGUUUCAGUUCGUAAGAGCCCUGGAGAGUCACCCAUGAAACUUGGACUUUCUUUUCAGUCUAAAACAGAUAGCCUCCUCAUUCCACCUUCACCUGUUAAGGAGAAACCUUCUGCCAAUGCUCACUUGGCUCUCAAAUCUCCUUAUUCUUUCAAAGAUUUUGGUAGUAAAGAGGAAACCUUUUUUGAUUCCCAGACAUAUCUAGAAUCGGAUUGUGAGGAUGAUUUUUUCAGUGUCAAUGGUGAUUUUACUCCGUCUCAUGGUAACACCCCUGUUCAUCAUAGCUUCUCCGUGGGGACCCCUCGAGUAAACAAGGGUACUGUAGACGGAUCACCAUUGUCGGUUUCCGAAACAUCUCCAACAGGAAACAGAAAGAAGCUCCGUGAACUGUUUCAAGAGAGCGUUACAGAAAACCGAGACAAUGCUAGCGAGCUAAACACCUCGAGCAACCAGUAUAUAUCCAAUGGAACCCCUUAUGUGUCUGGAGCUAACUCUCUUUGCAGUAGUGAAAGGACUACUAACGGAGAUAACACUAUAUUAAAGGAGAAUCCAAUAAAGUCCAUGCACUGUUGCAUUCCAAGCUUUGUUUCAUGCAGCAGUUUUAAUGGGAGGAAGAGAAGUUGAGCCCUGCAAUAGCUGUAAAGUGUAAACGAUGGGUCCUAAUAUCCAUCAAUUUGCCGGCACAUAGGUUGAUGAAGCCGGGAUCCCGAUUUCCUGGAUCACGAGGCAUGUAAAAGCAUCCGAGUAAAUGUUUGAUGUAAAACUACCAAGAUUUUUACCAUCUCAAUCAACCAUAAGUGAACGUUUUCUUUUCAAACUGAAAUCAGCUCAUAAACAAGUGUCUUGCAAUAUGAAGGCAAAGGAAUCAAAGGAAAACAGGUAAAUGACCCUUGCAAGGGAA